AUUCUGAAACGCCAGGUCUUUUAAAAAAUCGUGACGUUUCAGGCCACCUUAUAAUAAACCUGAGUCGCCUGCUUAUGGAUUCUCAACUUUCUCAAGGAAAAUUUACAACUCGAGAUUUUGUAAAGAAAUGUCAAACAC